UAUUACAGAGAUCAUUUGGUAUAUAAUGUGCCUCAAUGAUGUGCUAAUCUGCAUAACGACAUACUUGCGUGGAAUUCGCUUCGUAGAUGGUUGUCAGGACAUUGAUCUAUGCAAGUAGGUUAAGUUACUUAACUGGCAGAGAAAAUUCAAGCUAUGAAACAAGAAUAUGAUAUCAAACGAAAAUAAAUGUCGCUCAAACUUUGUACUCCAGACGUCUGUUUCUUAAGUCAGAGGUCCUAACACAUGGGUUUUCAUGGUUUACCGAUGAACAGUGGCCCAGCUUUAAUCGAAAGUUGAAAUUCUCCGCUCACUCCAUUUCCAUAAAUUUUAUAGCCGAAACUUUAUCGAACGCGAAUCCAUAGAAACUGAAUUUUAUGAAGCAUUGACUCCUCCCUCUUUUUAAAAUAAACGGUCAAUUUAGACACGAUGUAUAUGAAAUGUUAAAGCGUUUUCUGACAGAUUGGCAUAAAACCGUGGUGUUUGGUGUUGCACUAGAUACAUUUUGUGUAUGGCGUGAACUUGGCAGUACCCACGACGCACCAUCAAAUCAUAACCGUCACACCAUAAAAUACUUUGACCUUCAUUUUGAAUUGUAAACCCUUUGGCUUUCAUUGACAUAUACAGAGUCUGCAAAUACGUCAUGGGCGACAUAAGAUGCAUUAUUAAUACUCGGAUUUAUCACAAUCGAUAUGUCGCUGUCGGUGGUAGCACGAAGCGACAUGCAUAUGCUGGUGUAGUACUUCAGUUGUUUCUUGUCUGUCGUAAGGGCUGUACUGAUUGAACGUGACACACCGACAUGAUGGCAAGUUGCUUGUUGCGUAAAGAACUAUUUCCGCUUGUCCAUUAUGUAAUUUACUCUUUCACAGUGUCUCAGUGUGGAAUCAUUCUCGCAACAAAUUAGCGUGAGCGAAAGGAAUGUUCAUUUCUGCAAACAGACACUAAAAUAAUCAAACUAUGCUAUAAUUUCAUUAUUCGUAUUUUAUAUUUAAAUUUAAAUGCGGCUUUGCACUGAAAUAGUUGGCACAGAAAUUUGCGUACGGAAAUAAUACUCAAAGAAAAUCUUUCAAGGCCGUGUCAUAGCUCAGGCGACUUAAUGAUGGCUAUUCACUGUGGGGACGGGCGUUCAUUCCGGGUGACUUCAGAAUACGUUUAAAGCCGUCAUGUGGACACAGCCAGUGAACGGGAUGAACUCACAUGAACGACGGCUUUAUUUCGGAUACAAGGAACCAUCGAAAACUCCGGCGUAUCCAGUAUCGCAAUACGACACGUUCCAAACUCGACGACAACAUCAACAACAACAACAACAACAACAACCCAUCAUUAUCAGAGGGUUUAUUUUCGAUUAUUGUGAAAAUACAUCCCUGCACGGCAUGAAGUACAUUGCCCAGCGCGACAGACACUGGUAUGAAAGAGUCCUCUGGAGCUUGCUAUGUACUAUAGCUGCUUCUGGAACCAUGUACCUUUCUGCUGUCAGCUGGCAACGAUUCGCUAACAGUCCCACAAUGUCUGUCAUAGAGAGUACCAACUUUCCCAUAUCAAAUAUCCCGUUUCCGUCUGUAACACUAUGUGACGCCAACAGAGUACACUGGAAGAAAGCUAUGCAAUUCCAGGAACGAUAUCUCGCUGAUGCUUCCAACGAAACCAUAAAAAUGUUUCACAUUUUUCUCAAAUCCAUGGCGCUGGUAGAGUUUGGGGAUUUUGAUCUUGUCGGGAAUUACUUCGAAAACACUUCUUUCGUCAACACUCCGGAGCUGGCCACAUUGAACGUGUCACAGCUCAUGCUCGAUACGUCGUAUGUUCAGGUGAUGCCGGAGUGCAGCGAGCUGAUGACCGUGAGUCAAUGCUGGUGGCGGAAUGAUUACCACAACUGCUGUGACAUCUUCGAGCUUCAGAGGACAGAGUAUGGCUACUGCUACUCAUUCAACUCGGAGGUGUCAGAAGUCAGCUCUGGGGUUCGGAAAUGGUUUGAUUCGAGUGCGUACUACCUGCGGCCCCCAAAACAUUCACCAGAUGUGAAUAAGGAUGAGGAGUUGCGCCCUCGUCGAACCAGCAGCUACGGCCCGUGGGGAGGUCUUCGCUUCACAGUGACCGCCACGAACGACUCCCCUCCCGAUCCAGAGAUACAGCCGGGCGUCAUACUUAUGGUAAACAACCCCUACGACUAUCCAGAGAACGGAAGGGUAAUUUCCGGAGGCCAAUCUGUGUGGGUAAACAUCAAUGCUCAGGUCACCUACACAGUGGACAGGGUGCGAUAUCUCAGUGUAGAAGAACGUGAUUGUUUGUAUCAGGAUGAAGGAAACAUCAUGGAUCUAGGCGGCUACGUGUUCCAUAAUUGUAUCACGCAGUGUCACCUCAGGUACACCAUACAGUACUGCAACUGUGUGCCAUACUUCUUCUAUUCAUACCUCGGCAAUGCAACGUCUUGUGACGUCGCUGGCUAUCUGUGUCUUGCAAAAUAUAACCUUGUUUUCAACUAUCAUCAGCCGAGAGAAGCGAAUGAGUUCUUUAGCGAUGCAGUGGAGGGCAUGAAGUGUGUGUGCGCGCCAGAUUGUAGCUUCUCGCAAUACACUACUGCAAUGUCCAUGUAUCGUAUCGCUGAAGGUGGUGGAAAUGAAGAAGACAUAAAAAAUACAAUUUUUAUGGAUAUUCAUUUCGAGAACCCUGCGAUUGUUAGAUAUCGGACCGAUAUAUCGUACAGCUGGCUGGAUCUUCUAGUGGCCUUUGGUGGUAUUGCAGGUUUAUGUCUUGGUUUUUCAUUGCUAAGUGGAGCAGAGCUGUUCUACUAUCUGACAUUCAGACUGUAUUGGCAAUACAGACUGAUGCACCAGAAGAGAUCUACACCAAAACACAAAUACAAUGUUCCCCGCAAGAAACCAUCGUUCGGCAUCAGACAACAUAGGAAUUCUAUUAAGAGUCUGAGUUUCCAAAAUCUGCGCUGAACUCUUGGUGUUCAAUGGGUUUGGAAUACUACAGAUGAAGAACUCCAGUUAACUGUUUGGAGCUUGUAGUUCAUGUACAUACUAUUUAAAAAUCAGUUCCUACCUAAAAGAAAAUGCAUCACUUCACCAUUACCAAGAGCAGUUGGUUAUUGCUGCAUAGGGAAAUAAUCACUGUAUAUUUUGAGAAUUAUACAAAACCCAUGAUGCUCUGUGGUAAAAUGAAAAGUUAUUCAAUGCUAAAGUACAUGGUGUGUAUAGUUAUCAAUGUACUUUAAUGAAUUAAAAUUGUAUAAAUCUUCAUCUAAAUAAAUAUGUUGCUGAUAUAAAAUUACUAAACAUAAUGGCUACAGAUAAGGAUGUGUUACACUUCUAUUUAUAAGAUCAGAAUUCUUAUAUAAUUUUAUUGUUCUGAGCAGCUGAUCCCAUUUAUUAAAAUAUUAUACAGAUAUUAUGUCAAAAAUAUAUUUCAGUGUCAAUUUCAAUAAAAUAUUCUGAAAAUG